AUGGAUUCAACGAGCUCUGAAAACUCCCGACCAGGUUCGCCAAAGAAGAGGUCGAACAGCGAUGCAACUCCAUUAUCCACACAGUCGACCGAGGACCACCCCGAGAGCAGAGACCGGUCUCAGACCAUCCCACUGAAUGAGGAUCAACGGCCACACCCCGCAGGAUUUGACAGUACCGAUCGAGUGUUUCCGAUUCGAUCUGUGGUCUCAAUAGACCCAACAGCGGGCCAGUCAUCAUCACAAGUGCGGAGUGCAAUGUCCCCUACUCGCUUCUCCCGCGAAGGAGCAAGGCAGUGGUCAUUUAUUAACCAACAAACCUGGGACUCAAUAAAAUCUCGACCUCAACCCCAAUGCUCUUCACCACCGCAAGAAAUCCUGCAAUCGACAUCUCCGAUCGAUAUCGCAUCCCCAGAGGCGGAUGCCAACAAUGAUGAGACAGAGCUAGGCACACAAACCAUGGCAGCUCAAUUGGCCCAGGCUUCACAAACCCCAAGCGACAGUAAUUCCGGCUCCGGAUCCACGGCGCAUCCAAGACGGACCGACGAGGCCUACAGGCACGUCACUGCUCGGUUCAAACAUAUCACUACUGAGGCUGGUCAUGCCGUUGUAACAGGAAGAGAUGGCGACUCCUUUCAGUAUUGUGAGGAUGAGCCGAUUCAUAUUCCAGGUGCAAUUCAGUCUUUCGGCGUGAUAAUUGCCCUCCGAGAGGAGUCUCCCGAUCACAUGGUGGUUCGGGUGGUCAGUGAAAACUCGGCACAGCUCAUGGGGUACACCCCGAAGCAGCUGUUUGAGUUGGAUAACUUUUGCGAGAUUCUAACCGAAGAGCAGAUGGAAAUACUCCUGGACCAUAUCGACUUUGUCCGCGAUGAUGCGUAUGACCCUUGUGUGGACGGUCCCGAGGUUUUUGCGCUGUCCAUCACAACGCCUACGGGGGAACAGCUUCGUUUUUGGUGUGCAACUCACGUUAGCCCCUCUCAAAAGGAUGUGAUUAUUUGCGAGCUCGAAUUAGAACAUGAUGAAGUUAAUCCACUAAACGUCGCGGGGGAUGGUUUACCGACCACUCCAGUGGAAACAUUGGGCAGCGUCAUGCCAACUCCGGAAGAAUUUGCUGCGAGUACCGUCAACAUCAGUCAGCCUUUACGUGUUCUGCGAAAUGCGCGGCGAAGGAGAGGCGAUGCAGCUGCGAUGGAGGUGUUUAGCAUUUUAAGCCAGAUUCAAGAACAAUUGGGGCGAGCGAACGAUCUUGAUGUGUUACUCAAUAUCACAGCGGGUCUGGUCAAGGAACUGACGGGCUUCCAUCGGGUGCUGGUUUAUCAAUUCGAUACCAGCUACAACGGCCUAGUCGUCGCAGAAUUGGCCGACCCCAAAAUGUCUAUCGACCUAUACAGGGGCCUACAUUUCCCCGCGUCCGAUAUUCCAGCGCAGGCUCGUGAGCUUUACAAAAUCAACAAGGUCCGACUAUUAUAUGAUCGAGAUCAUCUCACAUCUCGACUUGUCUGCAAGACAUUGGAUGACCUGGAGACUCCGUUAGAUAUGACUCACGCUUACUUGCGAGCGAUGUCUCCCAUUCAUAUCAAAUAUUUGGGGUUUAUGCAGGUUCGUUCGUCGAUGUCUAUCAGUAUCACCGCAUUUAACGAUCUUUGGGGCUUGAUCUCGUGUCACUCUUAUGGAUCGGCUGGAAUGCGUGUCUCGUUCCCGAUUAGAAAGAUAUGUCGUCUACUUGGCGAUACCGUGUCUCGGAACAUUGAGCGGCUUUCUUACGCAUCUCGUCUCCAAGCACGGAAAUUAAUUAAUACCAUUCCUACGGAAGCCAAUCCUGCCGGAUAUAUCAUCGCGUCUUCUGAUGACUUACUUCAACUCUUCGACUCCGACUAUGGCGCCCUGUCGAUCCGAGAUGAAACCAAAAUUCUUGGCGACAACACUCACUCUCAGGAAGUUCUUGCACUGCUAGAGUUCAUUCGUAUGCGACAGAUAAACACCGUCAUUACUUCUCAUGAUAUCACUCAAGACUUUCCAGACCUACACUACCCUCCUGGGUUCAAGGUAAUCUCAGGAUUACUCUAUGUCCCCUUGUCGGCCGGUGGAAGAGACUUUAUUAUCUUUUUCCGUAAAGGCCAGCUCACAGAGAUCAGAUGGGCCGGUAAUCCAUACAAGAUUCAAAAGCAAAAAGAAACCGCUGGAUACCUGGAACCUCGCAACAGUUUCAAGGCCUGGCGUGAGACUGUCUUGAGUCAAUCACGUGAAUGGUCUGAAUCUGACGUCGAAACGGCUGCCGUUCUUUGUCUGGUCUAUGGUAAAUUCAUCAAAGUAUGGAGGCAGAAGGAGGCUGCGAUGCAGAACUCUCAACUUACACGCUUGCUGCUCGCUAAUAGCGCCCACGAGGUCCGCACACCUUUGAACGCAAUUAUCAACUAUCUUGAGAUUGCACUAGAGGGUACUCUUGACAACGAGACUCGCGAAAGCUUGACCAAGUCGCACUCUGCAUCGAAAUCCCUUAUAUAUGUUAUCAAUGAUCUUCUAGAUUUGACCAAUUUAGAAAAGGGACAGUCGCUCAUCAAAGACGAGUCGUUUGAUCUCAAAUCUACGUUUGAAGAAGCUUGUGACAUGCUUGCUGGCGAGGCCAAACGAAAACACAUAUCAUACACAGUCAACGCACAGCCCGGAAUUCCACCCAGGGUUCUUGGUGACCAGCGUCGUGUGCGACAGGUCUUUACCAACGUUAUUUCAAAUGCGAUUCAGCAGACUGCCUCAGGUGCAGUGACUGUCGAAAUGUGGCGGUCAGCUUCUCAAACGCUUGCAGGCCACGUUGCAAUGGAAAUAGUGGUGGUUGAUACAGGAGCCGGCAUGUCUAAGACGAAGUUGGAGUCGCUUUUCCACGAGCUCGAACAGGUUUCCACCGAUGACAACUCAUAUCCAGAUGAGGAUGAGCUCGACGAGUCGUUGGACUCUUCACGGACUCAGCAGAAACGCGUACUGGGUCUCGGACUUGCAUUGGUUGCUAGAAUCGUGUAUAACAUGCAAGGCCAGCUUGGAGUCAGAUCCGAAGAGGGUAAAGGCAGUCGUGUCAAAAUUCUUCUGCAGUUUCGGUUACCAAACGGUGCUUCAACUGAAACACCAGAUGACGCUACGGUCCCUGGUCAUGUCCCUAAGGCCCAACCUCCUACGAUUUCUGAUGGUGAAUUUACCUUCACGCGUGCUCCUAUGGACGCCCGUGAGUCUCGACGCCGGAGUUUCGAUAGCCUCUAUAGUGGUGGCAGUUCACACAGUGGUCGCAGCCAGGCUGAUCGACUGAUUAGUGCCAUGCAGGAACCUCCUCUCUACAGGCGGAGUGAGCGAGCUGGCAGUAGGAGCUCGGACAGAAAGAAAAUUCACUUCUCUGCCGGUUCCCAUAGUUCCCAUACGAUGUCUGCUGUAGGGUCGGGAAGGUCGACAAAGUCAAAUGUAUCGCCAGCUUUGAGUCAAAAAGCAUUAUCUACGUCCUCAAAUGAUCAUCGCGCCAGUCUUUAUGCUGUCACUCAUACUCCGCCGGUAACACUCCAACCAAUGCUCGACCCAUCUGCUCCUGGGCUGGAGAAUGUUACCGACUCUGGUGUCCCAAUGGGAGCUGUUCGACUUUCGGAACAAGCUGUCAAUUCUCCCUUAUCUAAGAUGAGAGAAGGAUUUUCUUACUUUCCUCCCAUGCCUGUUGGGGCUGCCCCAACCACCACCGAGACAGAUGGCUCCGAGGUCAUCUCCUCAAUUGGCGAGGCCUCGACAGAAUCCGCUCCAACCGCGUUUGACAAGACCCAUUCGUUGAAUAUCCUCGUGGCUGAGGAUGAUCCAAUAAACAGCAAGAUCCUACACAAACGUCUCACCAAGGUUGGCCAUAUUGUGGAUCUUACUGGGAAUGGCGAAGCCUGCGCCAAUAGGUUUAUCUUACAGAGCAAUUCUUUUGACGUGGUCUUGAUGGAUAUUCAGAUGCCAAUUGCAAAUGGAAUGGAAGCUACUGAAAUGAUUCGUGAGUUUGAAUCCAAAUCUGGAGAAGAAUGUCUAUCCGAAAAGGCCAAGACCAAUUCACGCGUUCCGAUCUUCGCCGUCUCAGCGUCCUUGCGGGAAUCUGAGAAACAAAACUACAUCGAUACUGGAUUUGAUGGCUGGGUUAUGAAACCGAUCAGCUUUACUCGCUUGAACUUCCUCCUGAGAGGCAUCAGCGAUGCAGAGGCUAAGAGUGAGGCUACAUACACGCCGGGACAAUGGGAGAAUGGUGGAUGGUUCUGA